CAGUUUCGGGUCAGCAGGGGGCAGUAAGAGACUUUUUUUUCCCUGUGAUACGACAUCAAGUAUACGAGGAAGAUGUGGACAUGUUAUGAUACGUCAUCAAACAUGUCAGCCUCCUGGUGACAGCAGCUGAAUUUGAUCCUUGAUCGAGGGAAUUAAAAUGGUUUAUUCAGAGGAGUGCGCCAUUAUUUUUCGAGUGAAGGGAAUCUUGGAGUUUUCAUGCCAGCUUGACAAUCCAAAUGGUUCACAAAGUCAAAGCAUCAUAUCAAAAAGUUUUCAGGGUCUUCGAUCCAAGGUUUCAUCCAAAAGUAUUGUUUUCACUGUCUGUAACAGUCCAAUAUUAAUAUGGCCCAACACUGGUUUCCGGUCAAGCAUGGAAAGCUUGACAGAAGCAUCAGUAUGUGGAGACAUUCUGCAGUAUAUAGAAUCAGAUGAUGGUGGGAGCAAGAAGAGCAUAAAAAAGAAAGAUAAGAAAAGAUCUGGACCUACUGUAGUGAAUAUGAAGCUGUUGUUUGAGGUCACAGACCCUGCUGGGAAUGAAGCUCCGAGUCUUAUCCAAAUGAGCACACAACAGCACUUUGUGAAGAUGCCAUUGCAUUUAGACUGUGUUGUGUCUGUGACCACUGACGAGAGCCUGACAUCUGUUUGUACAGAGCUGGUGGAGACCUUAAGGAAGCAGUUAGCAGACAUGGAAGAGGUGGUGCUGCGGUACAGGAAGGGCUCCUCUUUUCUUGUGCCACAGCCAUUUCACUUUCGACUGCCUGAACCAGCUGGACUCACCACUGUGAUCUACCCAGCAGGAGUGCCAGACAGCCAGUUACAGGCUAUCAGAGAGGAUCUGCAUAGGAAGUUUGAGUUGCCAAGUGACAGGCCAUACCUGAGACGCGCCAAUGCCUUUCAUUUCCCCGAUGCAGCCUAUAAAGACGGUUACCUCCGCAAUCCCCACGUACACCUGAACCCACCCAACAUUGAGGAUGCUAAGCUGUAUCUGGUGCAGGGUGUGUACAGUUAUCAUCACUACAUGCAGGAUCGUGUGGAUGAUGAUGGCUGGGGAUGUGCAUAUCGUUCUCUUCAGACUAUCUGCUCCUGGUUCCAGCAGCAAGGAUAUGUGGAGACAGCUGUUCCCACACACACGCAGAUCCAGCAGGCUCUUGUGGAUGUUGGGGAUAAAGAGCCACGUUUUGUUGGUUCACGUCAGUGGAUCGGCUCCAUUGAAGUUCAGGCUGUCCUUAACCAGCUGCUGGGGGUCACCUCAAAGAUCUUGUUUGUCAGUCAGGGAUCUGAGCUGGCAACCAAGGGCAGAGAGCUGGCCAACCACUUCCAGACUGAAGGAACUCCUAUCAUGAUUGGUGGGGGAGUACUUGCACACACUAUUCUAGGUGUAGCGUGGAGCGAGAACACUGGACAAAUACGCUUUCUUAUCCUGGACCCUCACUAUACUGGUGGAGAGGACCUGCAAACCAUCACUGACAAGGGCUGGUGUGGAUGGAAGGGACCAGAGUUCUGGGAUCAAAAUGCAUAUUACAACCUCUGCCUUCCCCAGAGACCCAAGGCCAUCUGAGUCACAUGCAAGACACUUAUUCACUCGUACUACUCCUGCGAGUCCAUGAAAUCACAGGAAGUCUCAUUGUUUCACUUUUUAAUGAGUACAAAACUAUAUUCCACAGUAAAAAAAAAAAAGGAAAAAAAAGUGAUUUAUCAUUUAUUACCCAUUGUCCUCCUGACAACUGUUUUAAACAUCCGUUUUCAGUCACGCUAAAGGUUACAAUGAUUUCGGCAUGAUGUCUUGGAUUUUCAGUCAAGCUGUAAAUGGAUGAUAUUACAGUAUUUUUAGUUAUUUUAUUUUUUUUACAACCACUAGGUUACAUUUCUCAGUACUUACAGUAGGUCUCUUUUUCAAAACUCUUAACACAGUUCUCUUAACCAACUUCCAGUUUGGCACAGCAGUUAAUUUCACAUAUAAAAAAAACACACUAAAACUACCAAAACACUUCAUAUAUGUCUCAAAUCAGCAAUAGCAAAGGUUGUCACCCAACAAACACACUUUGUCACUCAUAAAACAUUAUGGUUUAAAAGUACACUAUAUAGCAUUAUGGUUUUCUUUUAUAACAUUUCUUUACAGAACAAGAAUUGCAUCUCUCUACUGUUUAGAAUUCACUGCAGUGUACAGACUAACACCUCUGUAGAUUUUCAGCUACAUCUAAUUGUUUUGUAAUGUUUCUCUUUUUUUGCACUUGUAAUUCAAUAUUCAAUGUAUUUCAAUAUGGUAUUACUGUAGAAAAAUUUAGCAAAUUGAUGUUUUAUACAGUUUAGCAUUAUGUUUUGAUUAUAAGAUCUGAAAAAAGUAUUUAAACGUGCAAAUUGUCCUCUAGGUAUAGAGUUUUUUUGUGUGCCGAAGCAAAAGAAAAUGAUCCAGUUUAGCCCACAUAGACUGCUGUUGUGCUCACUGUGUGAAGAGUUGAGAAAUGUCCUAGCGACUGUAAAAAAACAACAACAAAAAACAUGAAAUGACAUAAUAUCCUUGAGACUACCCAAGUUUACGAGUUCAUCAUACAUCAAAUUCACAAGAUAUCUUUGAACCAUCUUCACAAGAUAAGGCUUCCUGCAAUUCAAUAAAAGGAACAGCAGCUAAAA